CGCUCCAGCGCAGAUGAAGCUGGCAGAGGUGUGGGAGCAGGGCCGGUGACGGCGCGCCCGCUGCGGAGAAUGAGGCUCGCCAUCUGCGCCCUGCUGUGCGCCGGGGCCCUGGGGCUGUGUCUGGCUGUCCCUGAGAAAACUGUAAGAUGGUGCACCGUGUCAGAUCAUGAGGCCACUAAGUGCUCCAGUUUCCAAGACAAUAUGAAAAAAGUCUCCCCAGCAGAUGGUCCGCUUAUCACCUGUGUGAAGAGAACCUCUUACCUUGAGUGCAUCCCGGCCAUUGCAGCAAAUGAAGCAGAUGCGGUGACCCUUGAUGGGGGUUUGGUGUAUGAGGCAGGCCUGGCCCCCUACAACCUGAAGCCCAUCGUGGCAGAAUUCUAUAGGUCAAAAGAUGAUCCACAAACCUACCAUUAUGUCGUUGCCAUGGUGAAGAAGGGCACCAACUUCCAGCUGAACCAGCUCCAAGGCAAGAAGUCCUGUCACACGGGCCUGGGCUGGUCUGCUGGGUGGAACAUCCCCGUCAGGACUCUGCUUCCCUCUGGCUCUCUUGAAGCAGCAGUGGCCAAGUUCUUCUCCAGCAGCUGUGUCCCCUGUGCGGACGGGAAGGAGUUCCCCAGCCUGUGUAAGCUGUGUGCCGGGACAGGGACAGACAAGUGUGCCUGCUCCUCCCGCGAACCGUACUUUGGCUACUCGGGCGCCUUCAAGUGUCUGAAGGACGGCGUGGGGGACGUGUGCUUCGUUAGGCACCUGACGGUGUUCGAGAACCUGGCAAACAAGGCCGACAGGGACCAGUAUGAGCUGCUCUGCCUGGACAACACCCGGAAGCCAGUGGAUGAAUACAAGGACUGCUACUUGGCCAAGGUCCCUUCUCACGCUGUUGUGGCCCGAAGUGUGGACGGCAAGGAGGACUUGAUCUGGGAGCUUCUCAACCAGGCCCAGGAACAUUUUGGAAAAGACAAGUCAUCAGAAUUUCAGCUCUUUGGCUCUCCUCAUGGGAAGGAUCUGCUGUUUACUGAUGCCACCCAUGGGUUUCUAAGGGUCCCACCCAAGAUGGAUGCCAAGCUGUACCUGGGAUAUGAGUAUUUUCCUAACACUCAGCGUCCAAAGAUAGAUGCCCAGAAGGUGCGGUGGUGUGCUGUGGGCCACCUUGAGAGGUCCAAAUGUGACGAGUGGAGUGCAGUGAGCGGGGGUGCCCUAGAGUGCACCACGGAGGAGACCACUGAGGACUGCAUCGCCGCCAUCAUGAAAGAAGAAGCUGAUGCCGUUAGCUUAGAUGGAGGAUUCAUCUACAUAGCAGGCAAGUGUGGUUUGGUGCCUGUCCUGGCAGAGAACUACGAGCCUAGGAGUACUGGGUCUAAGUGUGUGAAUACACCUGUGGAAGGUUAUUUUGUCGUGGCUGUGGUUAAGAAAUCAGAUGCUGAUGUCACCUGGAACUCUCUUCGAGGCAAGAAGUCCUGCCACACUGCAGUUGGCACUUCGGCAGGCUGGAACAUCCCCAUGGGUUUAAUAUACAAUCAAACCGGGUCCUGUAAAUUUGAUGAGUUCUUCAGCAGCAGCUGUGCCCCCGGGUCUAAACCGGACUGCCCUCUCUGUGCUCUGUGUAAUGGCAGCAGCGACCCCGCACACACAUGUGCUCCCAGCAGCCGCGAGAGAUACUACGGCUCCAGUGGGGCUUUCAGGUGUCUGGUGGAGAAGGGAGACGUGGCCUUUGUCAACCACCGCGCAGUCCUGCGGAACACUGACGGACGGAACCAUGAAGCGUGGGCUGAGGGUCUGAAGCAGGGCGACUUUGAGUUGUUGUGCCUUGAUGGUACCAGGAAGCCUGUGGCCGAGGUUCAGAACUGCCACCUGGCUGUAGUGCCAAAUCGUGCUGUGGUCUCGAGGAAAGACAAGGCAGAUUUUGUUCGCAGAAUACUCUUCAACCAACAGGAGCUGUUUGGAAGAAACGGAUUUGAAUGUGCAAUGUUCCAGCUGUUUGAAUCCUCAAACAAGGACCUGCUGUUCAGUGAUGACACGGAAUGUUUGGCCAAUCUUCAAGACAAAACAACUUAUGAAAAAUACCUAGGGCCGGGGUAUCUCAUAGCUAUUGCUAACUUUAGACCAUGCUUAACCUCUGAUCUUCUGGAUGCCUGCACAUUCCACAGAAAUUAACCGAUCAAAGUGGGCAACCACACAGAUGCUGGGAGCCUCAAGUAGGGCGGGUCCACAUUCUGACUUGUCUUCGUGUGGAUCUGCUUACCAUGAAUUAUCUUUGCAAUUCUACGCUGUAACUCAUGGAGAAAUCAAAAUGAAUAAAAUUUAUUGUGUCUUCUCAGAAAACCUCA